AUAAUAAUAAUAAUGAAGCGUGUAUCGCGGGGGUGGUGCGAAGGAAAAAGCGCGUAAAAGUAAAAGAAGAGAAGAGAAGCGGUGCGGUUCGAGAGAAGAGAAAUCGUAAAUCGGAAUUUAUCGAAGCGUGGGUAAGGAAUAAGCGAUGGCAGGGUACAAGGGCGACGACGAGUACGAUUAUCUCUUCAAGCUGGUUCUGAUCGGCGAUUCCGGUGUGGGCAAGUCCAACUUGCUUUCGAGGUUCACGCGCAACGAGUUCAAUUUGGAGUCCAAGUCCACCAUAGGGGUUGAGUUCGCCACCAAGAGCUUGACCAUCGAUGCUAAGGUCAUCAAGGCUCAGAUUUGGGACACUGCUGGUCAAGAAAGGUACCGUGCCAUCACUAGUGCUUAUUACCGAGGAGCUGUUGGAGCCUUACUUGUCUAUGAUGUCACACGCCGUGCUACAUUUGAGAAUGCUGCAAGAUGGUUGAAAGAGUUGAGAGAUCACACAGACCCCAACAUUGUGGUCAUGCUUAUUGGAAAUAAGUCGGAUCUUCGACACCUUGUUGCUGUCCCAACAGAUGAUGGAAAAUCUUUUGCAGAGAGGGAGUCUCUCUACUUCAUGGAAACUUCUGCUUUGGAAGCAACCAAUGUUGAAAAUGCAUUUACUGAGGUUCUUUCUCAGAUAUAUCGCAUAGUGAGCAAGAGAGCAGUUGAGGCUGGCGACAACGGCGGUUCUUCUUCUGUCCCGUCUAAAGGACAAACUAUAAACGUGAAAGAUGAUUCUUCAGUUUUGAAGAAAAUUGGAUGCUGCACAAACUAGAUGCUUCAUCUAUGGCAUUUGGAUUUUAAAGCUAGUUUCAUCUUGUAAAUGCCUACAUUGGAGUCGUGAUAUCAUGUAGAAUAAGGCUAGUCUUGCAUAUUGUUUUGGACAGUGUUUGCAAUUUACAAGCAUCAUCCAUAUACGCAGGAUCAUGUUUCCGUGAAACGGUCAUUCGAAAGACGUGUUUGAAACAAAUAGGUCUACACCCAAGUUCAUAUAGGUUAAGUUUUAUUUGCAGGAUUUUGAUAUUUGCUAUGCUCUAGUUAUGGUGCAGCUAGUACAGUUCGAAUGUCUACUUUAGAAUUGAAGUUUUAAAGUAUGGAUGCCAUUACGUUUAGUUAUGUUGAAAUGUCUAUACACCAUAUGGAUUCUACAUA